AUGUGUAAAAAAGUAGAAACAAAACGUGCAUUAAUUAAUUAUUCUUUUUGUAUAGCAAGCACCUUAACGAAACCUUUCUAUUAUAAACAGAGGCAUAAAAAAGCAUUUGGAAUGAAAGAUAAUAAUGCAUUGGCUUUGACAACCACAUUAAACGACUUUCCCAUUUCUUCAUUAUCGCCAUCAGCAACACAAAUACUCACCGAUGGAGGCUGUCAAGCGCCAUUAUUACAAGUUUCCAAUAAAACGGACGCCCAUAUCUGUCUUGAUGAAUGCUGUCUAGCUUGCCCAUAUUUAAACAAUUUUUAUAAAGAGAAUCUAAUCGACUACACCUACAAAACUUUUUCUGGUUUUGGGAUAAUUUCAUUUUUUUUGAUGAUUUUAUUAUCUAUUGGUUUUUUGGUUUUGCCAAGUCAACGUCAAAAUCCUAUAACAAAACAAAUAUUAUUACCUUUUACUCUAAGUAUUGCUUAUUUCGAGGCUUCGCAGUUUUUCAUUAUUAAUCAGAAACAAACUCUAUGUUUGUCUGAUAGUCUCACAACUACUGUUCAUAAUAGUAGUUCGUGUAAGUUUCAAGCUAUUUUUUCACUCGGAGGCGCAUAUGCUAUGGGAUAUUGGUCGGCAAUUUUAAUGACACAUUUACAUAUGUUAUCGAUAUGGCGUUCUGAAUUUAUCAUGAGAAAUAUUUAUUAUUUUCAUGGGUUGGCUUGGUCUGCAACAUUAUUAUCAAUUAUAGUACCAUUUUUAACAAAUAAUGUUACAUUAAGAGCAAAUUGGAGAAGGUCUGAUCAAACACAAUAUACUUCUAGAACUUCGAUUUCUGAAGCACAAAGAGCUAUCAUACACGUCAAAUACGUUAUAAAUGUACAGUGGCGUGCUUUAAUGGGUGCUUUUAUGAUGUUAAUUGUUUAUGUGUUUGCUUGGGUAUUUUUCUCAUCUGGAACUCUGAGCCUUCGCGAUGAAAAUGAUAAUACUGUAAAAGAUUGGGUGAUUCAAUGGAUGAAUUGUACACAAAACCCAUCUUAUUAUGAUUAUGAAUGUAAUUCGAUUUCAAAACCUCACGUGCAACCUUACGCGUUGAUUAUGUUUGCACUGUUUUUCAAUGGUUGUAUAGGAAUAUUGAUGUUUAUAGUUUUUGCAGCAAAGAAAUCCAUAAUAUUAGAAGCUUGGAAAAUAAUAAAAGGCUAUAAAUCAAUAGCAUGUUCUCAUUCUGGUGAGGAAAUUGGCUCGAUUGGAACUUCAAGUAUUAACUUUAGACGUAGCGUUGUAUCAGAAAACGUAUCUUCGUUCGAAGACGAUAAAAAAUCAGUCAAGAUAACUCUCAAAGAAUGGUUUAAUAAUUUAUAUAAUAAAUAUUUAAAAUGCAAUGACUUGGCUUCUAAAAAUAAAUUUAAAGAGUUAGGGAAUUCGAUUUCAAAUAACAACAACAACAAUAAUCAUGUUGGCGGUCACACUACUAUUGUAAUUGGUAAAAUUAGAGAUUUCAGCCACAUGAUGGGAAGGAAAGAUAGUAUUAGUAGUGGUGUUGGUAGUGGUCAAGCAUUGGGCUAUAAUAGUUAUAAUGACAACGAAGAAAGUACUUCUCGAAACAUUCAUAAUAAUAAUGUUAACAACAGUAUUAAAAAACCUCAUUCUCGUGAUAGUUCUUCACGAUUGAGUAUUAAAAGAAACAAACAUGACAAAUCUUCAUCUGAUUCAUUAUCAUUACACAUGUCAACUCCAGAAAUGGCAAGGGCAUCUUUUGGUUUAGGUAACAACUCUUUGUCGUCAGUUUCCUCCAUAUCAACAUCAAAUAGAAGAUCUGAUGGUAGUGACGAUGGCGACACAAAUAAUUUACCAUCAUCUUCUUCAUCAAAACAAGUUUCCAACACCAUCACUAUACCUGAUAAUGACGAUGAUACAAAAGAUCUUCAAAUUCAAGACGCUGAAAGCACAAUGUUAGAAUUUCAUACUUCGACCAGCACAUUCUUAGAAUUUCAUACUUCAACCAGCACAUUCUUAGAAUUUCAUACUUCAACCAGCUCAUUCAAUGAUAAUAACGAUAUGAAAGAUACGGAUAAUUCUAAUGUUAAUUUAGUUAGAACAGAAACGUUUGGAAAAAUAAUCUAUUAG